GAUAAAAUGAUUACUGGAAACUCCCUUCUUAUUUGGGUAUUCCCCUUUAGUAUGGAAACAUCCCUAUUCCACACUCGGACAUUGGGAUUGCCAUUUGCCGCUUUCUGGCAUUAUACCGUACCGUUGUAGUCUAGAUCCGUAACUCAGGUCACGAUUGUUGUAUUGUACAUGAUGUGCAAACAAAUCAGUGCGUCCGAAAGUCUACUUUUGAUAAUAGCCUAUAUUCUGUGUUUGAUUUAGCUUAGGUCUAUAUAAAUACUUUGCACAGACUUCACAAUGGACCAUUUUUUCAGCAUCCGGCGACUAGCUCUGUCGGUGCAGUCAUGGGACAGGUAGAGACUAAAGAUUGUGUAUCUUUGGAAGAUGAACAAGAAAAAGGAAUAAAGAACUUGAAUAAAAAUUUACUUAUGGAAGAAACUGGUUCCAUCAACUUUUCUGUGAAUGGAGUGGUAUUUACUGUGGAAAAUCCUGAUAUUGGAACAACUCUAAAUUCAUGGUUGAGGAAUAAUGCAAAGUUGACUGGAACGAAAGCAAUGUGUAAAGAAGGAGGAUGUGGAUCAUGUGUUGUCAUGGUUACUCGUUCUGAUCCUGUUUCAGGAAAAGAUGUCAACACUGCUGUUAAUUCGUGCUUGUUUCCACUUUUAUCUGUUGAUGGAUGUCAUGUGAUAACAACAGAAGGUCUUGUCACAAACGGAGGUCAAUACAAUGACAUACAGAAGAGAAUUGCUCAUUUUAAUGCAACACAGUGUGGAUAUUGCACUCCAGGAUUUGUUAUGACCAUGUACAGCUUAUUGCAAAAGAAUCCAAAUCCUACUCAGGAAGAAAUUGAAGGAGAAUUUGAUGGAAAUAUUUGUCGCUGCACAGGGUUUCGUUCCAUUCUUGAUGCAAUGAAAAGUUUUGCCACAAAUGCUGAUCCAAAAUUAAAACAGAUUUGUUCAGAUAUUGAGGACUUGAAUGUCUGUCACAGUGACAAAUCUAAAUGUAAAAACAAUGGAGUUGACUGUAGGAACAGCUGUGGAAGAUACAGGGCUGAUGGAACAACUUCUCAACUUCAUAAAGAUGAGAAGAAUUGGACACAAGUUGUGUUACCCAGACCAAUUAAGCUUAUAAACAGUAAGACUGGAAGUACUUCACAAUGGUUACGACCUGGAUCUCUAUCAGAGCUUACAGAUGCUGUGAAGAACAAUGCAGAUAAAAAGUUACGAUUCGUGGUCGGGAACACCAGUACAGGUGUUUUUAAAUAUGAAGAACCAUUUGAUGUUUAUGUCGACACAAAACUUGUACCUGAUCUCUACCAGAUAAACAAUGGCGAGAAUACAUUAACUGUUGGUGCAAAUGUGAGUUUGAACAAUCUGAUUGCAACAUUACAACAACAUGCUUCAGAAUCUGUAACAUUUGAUGUGAUGGCAAAACAUAUAAAGAAAAUAGCCAAUGUACCAGUCAGAAAUGUUGGUUCAUGGAUUGGAAAUUUAACCAUGAAACGUCUUCAUCCAGAAUUUCCUUCUGAUAUGUUCACAUUGUUCGAAGCUUAUUCUGUCAAAUUGCAAAUACUUGAUUGUUCAACUGGAAAUCAGAAAACUUAUGAUUUGAUCGGAGAUGAAGGAUUCAUCAACCUUGAUAUGAGUGGAAAGGUUGUAUUAAGUGCUACAAUACCAAAAGUAGCAUCAACUUCAAAUGGCACACAACAUGCUCUAAGUUACAAAGUAAUGCCAAGAUCACAGAAUGCACAUGCAUAUGUGAAUGCAGCUUUCUAUGCUGCAGUUGACGGACAAAAAAUUUCAAAACCAAGUCUUGUGUUUGGAGGAAUCAGCAAAACAUUUUUUCAUGCUACUCAAACUGAACAAUAUCUUCUUAAUAAAACGAUAAACUCUCAAGAUACAUUGAAUGGGGCUUUGAAACUUUUGGCGGUCGAGAUAAGACCUGAGUCAUAUAAAGCAUCGGACAGUUCAUCUUCUUACAGGAGAUCUCUUGCAGUUGGAUUGUUUUAUAAAUUCUAUCUUUCCUUGUGUGAUGAAUCAGCUAUAAGUCCAGAUGUGUCAUCAGCCAUUGAAAGCAUACAAAGACCUCUUACCAGUGCAACGCAAACAUUUGAUACCGAUGCAAGCAUGUACCCAGUAUCUGAAGCUAUACCCAAAGUAACAGCAAUAAAACAGGCAUCUGGUGAAGCAAUAUAUGCAUCUGACUUUGCUGCCUUGAGUGACGAAUUAUUCGCUGUGUUUGUUCCUGCAACUACUGCUAAUGCUGAUAUUGAUCAAAUUGAUGCCUCAGCAGCAAUGCAAAUGCCUGGAUAUCAUAGUAUAAUUACUGGUGCUGAUUUACCUUCAGAAAUUACGAAUACAUAUAUUUCACCUCCAAAUCAAAAUCAACCGAUCAUUGCAGAAUCCCAUGUUGAUUUUGCUGGACAACCUGUAGCAAUUGUUUUGGCAGACACUCAAGAUCAUGCCGAAGCAAUAUCCAGAGCUAUCACAGUUACCUAUAAAAAUCAAAGUCCAGGAGUUUUCGAAAUGGCAGAAGCAAUUGAAAAAGGAAUGUUUUUUGAUAAUUCUGGUGAUCCUGUUGUCAUUGGUGAUGCUGCAGCUGCAGUCGCAAGCGCUCCACGGAAGGUAACUGGAAAAGUGAAUAUAGGUGGUCAGUAUCAUUUCUACAUGGAAACUCAAGUAACAAGAGCAAAACCCACAGAGGAUGGUUUCCAGGUAGAGAGUGCCACCCAGUGGCAAGAUGAAGUUCAAAGAUCAUUGUCAUUCAUGUUGGGAUGGGAUUGUAACAGAUUUCACAUCGAAACAGGACGUGUAGGAGGAGCAUAUGGUGGCAAAGCAACAAAUAGUUUGAUCACAGCUUCAGCUGCUACAUUGGCAAGCUAUAUAUCAGGAAAACCAGUGAGAUUACAUUGUGAUCUGGAAAGAUGCAUGGAAACUUACGGAUGCAGACCAGCGUAUGUUGCCGAUUAUACAGUUGGUUUUGAUGAUCAAGGAAAGCUCCAAGGAAUCAUUGUAACAUAUUAUGCAAACUGUGGAGUAAGUCCAAAUGAUCCAGAUGUAGUAACAGGAACUGUUUCUCAGUUUGGAGAUAGUGGUUACCACUGUCCUGCAUGGCAACUCAAUAUCAAGUGGGUGAAGACAGAUCUUGCGAGUCCAACAUGGUGCAGAUCUCCAACAUCAGCACAAAUGGUAAUGAUAAUGGAAGUUAUUCAGGAACACAUUGCAAAUAAUGUUGGAAUCGAUCCGAUCACAGUUAAACAGGGCAAUUUAUAUGUACAAAACCAACUCAACUUGUUUAAGGAACCUCUGACUUACUGCAAUAUCAAAAAACUUAGUGAAGAUUUGUUGUCUUCUGCUGAAGUGACUCAGAGACAGUCUGAUAUCACAGCAUUCAAUAAUGCUAAUAAAUGGAAGAAAAGAGGAAUUGGUUUCUCUCCAAUGAAAUUUGGAUUGAGUUAUGAAGGAGCCCAAUAUUCUGCACAAGUCAGCAUAUUCCAUACUGAUGGAACAAUUAUUUUGUCUGCGGGAGGAAUUGAUGUUGGACAGGGAAUGCACACUAAGCUUAUACAAGUUGCAUCUUAUAUUCUUGGAGCACCGAUGGAUUUAAUUCGUGUGAGAGCAAGUGAUAUCACUGCAAAUCCAAACUCUGCGCCGACUGGUGGAAGUUUAACAAGUGAAUUAUGUUGCAAGGCGAUACUUGAAAGUUGUAAGAUAUUGAAAACAAGAUUGGAUGCUGUUAAUGAAAAACUAAACUUGACAGAGGAAUCGUCAUGGAGUGAUAAAGUGGCCAAAGCUUAUCAAAAUGGAGUUAACUUGACAGCACAAUAUUGGUUUGCCAAUGAUUCAGAAAAGAUUAUUCAAUACAACAGUUAUGGAGCUGCAUGUACAGAGGUCGAGCUUGAUAUUAUCACCGGUGAAUUUGUAUUAAGAAGAGUUGAUAUGCUGUAUGACUGUGGACAGAGCAUCAAUCCUGAUAUAGACAUUGGACAAGCAGAAGGUGCUUUCAUGAUGGGAGUUGGUUUUUACACCUCAGAACGAAUGGUUUAUGAUUCGACCUCAGGACAACUUGUUACAAAAAAUACUUGGGAAUAUAAACCACCUACAAGCAAGGAUAUUCCUACUGUUUGGAAUAUAACUUUUCUUAAAGAUGCUCCUAAUCCGAGUGGAAUUUUAAGUUCAAAAGCAUCAGGAGAACCACCACUAUGUACUUCAUCAUCUGUUGUUUUUGCUUUGAAGCGAUGCAUUGAGGCAUUUCGAAAGGAAUCAUCUUAUUUUGCUAUAGAUUUACCAGCAACAGUGGAAAAUGUUCAAAAAUUAUGUAAAACAACUGUAGCUGAUUACAACAUUUGAAGUUACAUUAUUUGUAACGAAUGAAUCUGUUUUUUGGUUCCCUAUAGCAUGCUACAUUACUUUUAUGAAAUGUAUAUUUUGAAAUUUCAAUUCUAAAUUUAUCAUUUUCUGUAUCGUUAUUAAUUUUUAUGCAGUAUCUGAGAGUUCUAAUUAUGAGUAUGUGGACUAUUUUUUUUAAUCUUGGCUAUUUGACUUGUUUUUUUGUUCAAAUAGAACUGUUGAAAUUUAGAGAAAAGCAAUUGCUGCUUCGUGUACAUUUCCUAAAUGAUGAAUAUUUUUAAUUGAAAUGUUUAAUUUUUCACUAUUAAUCACACUUGCUGCUUGCAUAUUAAUGCAAUCCAGUAGUUUUGGUGCUCACCGAAAAUAUUUUAUGUUUAUUACACUCACGGUAAACCUGGGAAGUAAGCUAGUUUAUUUCAGCUUUUUAAGUUUUGAAGCUUUAUGGUCGUGGAUAUUUAACAUUAUGCUAUGUGCAAUUAUUGGUUUGUAUGAUAUAAAUUUGUAAUAAUGAUGCCAAAGUGUGUAUAAAUGAUUAUCAUCUGUUUUGAUAUGGA